AUGGCAAGUUCCAAGUUCAUAGGGACUGUUUUCAUUGUUUUGUUCAUUGUAGACCUAGCAUGUGCUGCUAGGUUACUUGGUGGUGGUAGAGGUGUUGGUGGUGGUGGUGGAGGGUAUGGUAGAGGAUCACUAGGUGGUGGAGGAGGUGGCGGUGGUGGUAAAGGAGGAGGUGGCGGAGGUGGUGGUGGGAAUGGUGGCUCAGGGUAUGGUUCUGGGUAUGGAUCAGGGUACGGCUCUGGAUAUGGGUCUGGUGGUGGGAAAGGUGAAGGCGGUGGUGGUGGAGGAGGUGGCGGUAGAGGUGGAGGUGGUGGUGGAGGUUCAGGUGGCUCAGGCUAUGGUUCUGGUUAUGGUGAAGGGGGUGGAUAUGGCGAAGGGGGUGGAAGAGGAGGAAGAGGUGGUGGUGGGGGAGGAGGAGGAGGUGGAGGUGGCGGAGGCGGUGGUGGUAAUGGAGGUUAUGGCUCUGGCGGUGGCUCCGGCUAUGGUUCGGGAUAUGGUUCUGGUUCGGGAGGAAAUAAUGAGUACCCUUAA